GUCUUCGCCGUGCCGGCCUGGGGCUCCGAGGGGUUCUGGUGGCACUGGCGGGGCGAGCGGCGCGCCGACUACGAGCGCUUCGUGCGCAGCCGCUACCCGCCCGCCACCACCUACGCGGACUUCGCGCCCCGCUUCACCGCCCACGACUUCCAGCCCCGUGAGUGGGCCCGGCUCUUCCAGCGGGCAGGAGCCAGGUAUGUGGUACUCACAGCGAAGCAUCAUGAAGGAUUCACAAACUGGGGGUCACCUGUGUCCUGGAGCUGGAACUCUGUGGAUACGGGGCCCCAUCGAGAUCUUGUAGGAGAGCUGGGACAAGCUCUCAGGGAGAGCAACAUAAGCUAUGGACUGUAUCAUUCCCUGUUAGAGUGGUUUAACCCACUCUAUCUAGCUGACAAAAAAAGUGGCUUCAAGACCCAGAGCUUCGUUUUGCAAAAGACAAUGCCAGAACUUUAUGAUCUUGUCUUAAGGUAAGAGCUGCAACUGGUU